AUGGCUGGUAAGACUGAAUUUGAAGCUGGUAGUGCAAAGAAAGGUUCUACUCUUUUCAAGACUAGAUGUCUACAAUGUCAUACUAUUGAAAAAGGUGGCCCAAAUAAAGUUGGUCCAAAUCUAAGUGGUAUCUUUGGUAGAUAUUCUGGUCAAGUUGAAGGUUUCUCUUAUACUGAUGCUAAUAUUAAGAAACACGUCUUAUGGGAUGAACAAAAUAUGUCUGACUAUUUAACUAAUCCAAAGAAAUAUAUUCCAGGUACUAAGAUGGCUUUCGGUGGUCUAAAGAAACAAAAAGAUAGAAAUGAUUUGAUCACUUACAUGAAGGAAGCUUCUGCAUAA